CACAUGAUUUUGAAUUAAAUGAAAAACAUGCAUUUUGUGUUUGUACUCGAUUGCCAUGACGGGAUGUAAAUUAAUGGCUCUACAUUCGUGGCCGCCCUCCAGGUUAUAUAACUUCAAAACGUGAGCACCGAUAACGUGUCAAGUCACUGGAGGCUGCGUGGCGGAGGAUGGACCCCGUGGUGCUGAGCUACCAGGACAGCCUGCUGCGGCGCUCCGAUCUGUCCUUACUGGAAGGACCUUACUGGCUCAACGACCAAGUCAUCGGUUUCGCCUUCGAGUACUUUGCCUCCGAGCGCUUCAGAGUCCUCGGGGAGGCCGCGACCUUCGUCAGCCCCGAGGUCGCCCAGUUCAUCAAGUGCGCCUCCUGCUCCAACGAGUUGGCCCUGUUCCUGGAGCCGCUGGAUCUCGCCUCUCGUCAGUGGGUCUUCCUCGCCGUCAACGACAACUCCGACCAGAGCGCCGGGGGUUCCCACUGGAGCCUCUUGGUCUACCACCGCAGCUCCAACCACUUUGCGCAUUACGACUCCCAGAGCGGCGGCAACUCGCUGCACGCGCGGCGCGUCGCCGUCAACCUGGAGCCCUUCCUGGGCGCCGGGAGGAAAGCGCCGUUCGUGGAGGAGCCCUGCCCGUCGCAGAAGAACAGCUACGACUGCGGCAUGUACGUGAUCUGCAUCGCCGAGGCCUUGUGCGAGAAGGCCCGGGUGGAGGGCUCGCCCCGCCUGCCGGUGCAAAUCGUCACCCCGGCCUACGUCACCCAGAAGAGGGCCGAGUGGUGCCGACUGAUCCAGACUCUCGCUCAGAACGACCUCUGCUGCCGGCCCGUCCUUCCCUCUGCGCGUUGAUGGCGCCUCGCUAUAUGCAGACUGCUACUCGUCACGCGUAUUUCCCUCGCCGCCUCCUUCAUGCUGAGUAAUAGAGAAGAAGGUUGGAGACGACGAUGAAUUAGAACUCUGGGUUUUCGUUGAGAAAUUGGUGUCACGUUUCUGACUUUUCUACGCACAGCAACACGAGCACGAGGUGUGUUACUCCCCGUUUAGUCGUUUUCUCCUGUGCACGGACUCGAUGAGGAUGGAGAAAAGGUCACGACUAAAGGUCGCCACAGACUUUCUGCGUGUAAUAGUUGGGUGCGAAUGUAGAAAUGUUUACACAGAUUAUUGCUCAGGCUCAUUUAGAGAGAACUACAACUGACGAUGAGAAUGUGAAUCUUAACUUUUGGCUCCUGCUUCCUGUCACAUGUCCACAACUACAAACGUUUAGUUUUGAAACGUCUUGAAGCUAAAGGGAGUGUGAGGGUGAGCGGUGUGUGACGUGGCGGCUAAAGGGACAAAAGGCAAUGUGGGGUUCAAAAGUCUCAAACCCACAGUCCGUAAUAAACUCUAUAGUUGUCACAUCUUUGUCGACAAAAUGGGAAA